UCAAAGCUAAAAUUUACUAGGGCAGGGAAUACUUAACAUACAAUUCUCAUUACCAAAACAAUAUGAAUGAAGAACUGAAGAGGCAAUGAGAAAUGACAGAUGCCGCCACACCCUAGAUUGGCUCAGGUCCCUACAACCAUGACUACCAUGCCCUGGCCCAGUGGGAAGAAAGCUGCUUAAAGAAAUGACAAGCACAGAAGACCGGGGAGCCAAAAGGUGCCCAAGUCCGUUCCCAUCCCCACCAGCGCAGGCUGACACAAGCGAAGGCUGUAGAGCCCAUUGUGUGAAAGAAGCCCCCGCGGGGAAGCCUGUGCCCCCUUCCCACUUUGCCCAUCCCUGGCCCUCGCCUUCGCAGGGGGCACUGGGAGCAGAGUGAGCCUCGGCAGCCCGGGAGCGGCUCUGGGGGAGACGAGUGUAUCCGCGGGCGCGUGUGCGUGAGGAGGAGAGCAAAGACGUGAUUACUUCAGAAUUUAUUUAAGGGCCGGUGGAAACCACUGCAGCAGCUUCCAGGGGAAGCCCUUGUUCCAGAGGAAGAGGAGGUGGUGGCUGCCAAGGAGGAGGAGGGGAGGAGACGGAGGAGGAGGAGUAGCAGCCACUGCACGAGGCAAGUGAGGAGAGAAGAUGCUGUAGCGUCCUCACCGGCUCCCAGCAGGUUGGUUCUCCCGGCCAACUGAAGCAAGCAAAGAGCCUUGCAAAAAGGCUGGGAGGAGAAAAAUAGGGAAAUGGUCCAGGAGUGCUGGGUGUGAGCCUCCCUUCUCCUCAAGCCGGAGACUGCGGUUGUCAUUGAUCAAUUGAAGAAGCAAGGACCCGAAAUCACAGACAUUAGCAAUGAUGUGUGAAGUGAUGCCCACGAUUAACGAGGACACCCCAAUGAGCCAAAGGGGGUCCCAAAGCAGCGGCUCGGACUCAGACUCCCAUUUUGAGCAGCUGAUGGUGAAUAUGCUAGAUGAAAGGGAUCGUCUUCUAGACACCCUUCGGGAGACCCAGGAAAGCCUCUCACUUGCCCAGCAAAGACUGCAGGAUGUCAUCUAUGACCGAGACUCACUCCAGAGACAACUCAAUUCAGCCCUGCCACAGGAUAUCGAAUCCCUAACAGGAGGGCUGGCUGGUUCUAAGGGGGCUGAUCCACCGGAAUUUGCUGCACUGACAAAAGAAUUAAAUGCCUGCAGGGAACAACUUCUAGAAAAGGAAGAAGAAAUCUCUGAACUUAAAGCUGAAAGAAACAACACAAGACUAUUACUGGAGCAUUUGGAGUGCCUUGUGUCACGACAUGAAAGGUCACUAAGAAUGACGGUGGUAAAACGGCAAGCCCAGUCUCCCUCAGGAGUAUCCAGUGAAGUUGAAGUUCUCAAGGCACUGAAAUCUUUGUUUGAGCACCACAAGGCCUUGGAUGAAAAGGUAAGGGAGCGACUGAGGGUUUCUUUAGAAAGAGUCUCUGCACUGGAAGAAGAACUAGCUGCUGCUAAUCAGGAGAUUGUUGCCUUGCGUGAACAAAAUGUUCAUAUACAAAGAAAAAUGGCAUCAAGUGAGGGAUCCACAGAGUCAGAACAUCUUGAAGGGAUGGAACCUGGACAGAAAGUCCAUGAGAAGCGUUUGUCCAAUGGUUCUAUAGACUCAACCGAUGAAACUAGUCAAAUAGUUGAACUACAAGAAUUGCUUGAAAAGCAAAACUAUGAAAUGGCCCAGAUGAAAGAACGUUUAGCAGCCCUUUCUUCCCGAGUGGGAGAGGUGGAACAGGAAGCAGAGACAGCAAGAAAGGAUCUCAUUAAAACAGAAGAAAUGAACACCAAGUAUCAAAGGGAUAUUAGGGAGGCCAUGGCACAAAAGGAAGAUAUGGAAGAAAGAAUUACAACCCUUGAAAAGCGUUACCUCAGUGCUCAGAGAGAAUCUACCUCCAUACAUGACAUGAAUGAUAAACUAGAAAAUGAGUUAGCAAAUAAAGAAGCUAUCCUACGGCAGAUGGAAGAAAAAAACAGACAGUUACAAGAACGUCUUGAGCUAGCUGAACAAAAGUUGCAGCAGACCAUGAGAAAGGCUGAAACCUUGCCUGAAGUAGAGGCUGAACUGGCUCAGAGAAUUGCAGCCCUAACCAAGGCUGAAGAGAGACAUGGAAAUAUUGAAGAACGUAUGAGACAUUUAGAGGGUCAACUUGAAGAGAAGAAUCAAGAACUUCAAAGAGCUAGGCAAAGAGAGAAAAUGAAUGAGGAGCAUAACAAGAGAUUAUCGGAUACGGUUGAUAGACUUCUGACUGAAUCCAAUGAACGCCUACAACUACACUUAAAGGAAAGAAUGGCUGCUCUAGAAGAAAAGAAUGUUUUAAUUCAAGAAUCAGAAACUUUCAGAAAGAAUCUUGAAGAAUCUUUACAUGAUAAGGAAAGAUUAGCAGAAGAAAUUGAAAAGCUGAGAUCUGAACUUGACCAAUUGAAAAUGAGAACUGGCUCUUUAAUUGAACCCACAAUACCAAGAACUCAUCUAGACACCUCAGCUGAGUUGCGGUACUCAGUGGGAUCCCUAGUGGAUAGCCAGUCUGAUUACAGAACAACUAAAGUAAUAAGAAGACCAAGGAGAGGCCGCAUGGGUGUGCGAAGAGAUGAGCCAAAGGUGAAAUCUCUUGGGGAUCAUGAGUGGAAUAGAACUCAACAGAUUGGAGUACUAAGCAGCCACCCUUUUGAAAGUGACACUGAAAUGUCUGAUAUUGAUGAUGAUGACAGAGAAACAAUUUUUAGCUCAAUGGAUCUUCUCUCUCCAAGUGGUCAUUCCGAUGCCCAGACUCUAGCCAUGAUGCUUCAGGAACAAUUGGAUGCCAUCAACAAAGAAAUCAGGCUAAUUCAGGAAGAAAAAGAAUCUACAGAGUUGCGUGCUGAAGAAAUUGAAAAUAGAGUGGCUAGUGUGAGCCUCGAAGGCCUGAAUUUGGCGAGGGUCCACCCAGGUACCUCCAUUACUGCCUCUGUUACAGCUUCAUCGCUGGCCAGUUCAUCUCCCCCCAGUGGACACUCAACUCCAAAGCUCACCCCUCGAAGCCCUGCCAGGGAAAUGGAUCGGAUGGGAGUCAUGACACUGCCAAGUGAUCUAAGAAAACAUCGGAGAAAGAUUGCAGUUGUGGAAGAAGAUGGUCGAGAGGACAAAGCAACAAUUAAAUGUGAAACUUCUCCUCCUCCUACCCCUAGAGCCCUCAGAAUGACUCACACUCUCCCUUCUUCCUACCACAAUGAUGCUCGAAGUAGUUUAUCUGUCUCUCUUGAGCCAGAAAGCCUUGGGCUUGGUAGUGCCAACAGCAGCCAAGACUCUCUUCACAAAGCCCCCAAGAAGAAAGGAAUAAAGUCUUCAAUAGGACGUUUGUUUGGUAAAAAAGAAAAAGCUCGACUUGGGCAGCUCCGAGGCUUUAUGGAGACUGAAGCUGCAGCUCAGGAGUCCCUGGGGUUAGGCAAACUCGGAACUCAAGCUGAGAAGGAUCGAAGACUAAAGAAAAAGCAUGAACUUCUUGAAGAAGCUCGGAGAAAGGGAUUACCUUUUGCCCAGUGGGAUGGGCCGACUGUGGUCGCAUGGCUAGAGCUUUGGUUGGGAAUGCCUGCGUGGUACGUGGCAGCCUGCCGAGCCAACGUAAAGAGUGGUGCCAUCAUGUCUGCUUUAUCUGACACUGAGAUCCAGAGAGAAAUUGGAAUCAGCAAUCCACUGCAUCGCUUAAAACUUCGAUUAGCAAUCCAGGAGAUGGUUUCCCUAACAAGUCCUUCAGCUCCUCCAACAUCUCGAACUUGUCCGGUUUUUCUACAGACCCUGGCUUAUGGAGAUAUGAACCACGAGUGGAUUGGAAAUGAAUGGCUUCCCAGCUUGGGGUUACCUCAGUACAGAAGUUACUUUAUGGAAUGCUUGGUAGAUGCAAGAAUGUUAGAUCACCUAACAAAAAAAGAUCUCCGUGUCCAUUUAAAAAUGGUGGAUAGUUUCCAUCGAACAAGUUUACAAUAUGGAAUUAUGUGCUUAAAGAGGUUGAAUUAUGACAGAAAAGAACUAGAAAGAAGACGGGAAGCAAGCCAACAUGAAAUAAAAGACGUGUUGGUGUGGAGCAAUGACCGAGUUAUUCGCUGGAUACAAGCAAUUGGACUUCGAGAAUAUGCAAAUAAUAUACUUGAGAGCGGUGUGCAUGGCUCACUUAUAGCCCUGGAUGAAAACUUUGACUACAGCAGCUUAGCUUUAUUAUUGCAGAUCCCAACACAGAACACCCAGGCAAGGCAGAUUCUUGAAAGGGAAUACAACAACCUCUUGGCCCUGGGAACUGAAAGGCGACUGGAUGAAAGUGAUGACAAGAACUUCAGACGUGGAUCAACCUGGAGAAGGCAGUUUCCUCCUCGUGAAGUACAUGGAAUCAGCAUGAUGCCUGGGUCCUCAGAAACAUUACCAGCUGGAUUUAGGUUAACCACAACCUCUGGGCAGUCAAGAAAAAUGACAACAGAUGAUGGCGUCUUUUCAGUCUACUCUACCUAAAGUGCACUACCAUCUAAGAAGACGAGCAGUGAAAACCUUUGUGAAAACUGAAUUCUAAGGAAAUAAUGACGUCAUGACUUAUUAAAAGCUGAAAAAUGUGAUUUUUGGGGGAGUCAGAUAUUACAUUUGAUUAGUUUACUACAAUUGUAAUAAAAUGCUUAAGUCAUUUGAAUAAUAAACAUCAUCUACAUCAUAAACUCUGUACAACAGAUGCUUUUAUGAAAUGAAGCCAGUUGUUUUUCAUGUUUUAUUGUAAUAUACUAGGCAUUUAUGUAUUACUGUGCAUUUCUUUUUAAAUGUGUAAGUCUUAUGUAAAUGGAUAUAAAUAUGAUUUUUUAAAAAAUAAAAUAUAUGGUUCAUGGAGUCUCGAGUGCAAACAUUUGACAAUUCCAAGUACUGUUUGUAUUUUACCAUUCCAUCAUUUUUACAGUUUUUGAAUUGUUAAUAGUCAAAUCAAUAUGUUUCCUUGAAGCAUGUUUCAUGCUUCAACGUGUUUCUCCUUCAAGUCUGUCAAUACUUAAAGCUGAACAACCUGCCUCUGAUCAUGUAAAAAAGAAUGAUUUAACCUGGAACCGGAGCCAAAAAUAGAGCUUUAAAGGCAAUCAGGGAUGUCCUAUAUCUUUAGAAAUAGCACUGUGAUGGCUCGAUCUCCUUUUCAAUACAAAACAAAGCCAAGCUGUUUACAAGGGUCAAAAGCAAUUAUUUAAAAAUUUAUAUUAAAAAACCAUAAUCUUCUCUUGUUACCUGUGGACCAAGAAAAAAAAAAAGAAAAAAAAAAACUUCUUUACUAAGAACCACAUGUUCAUUCAAAUAUCUUGAACUGCCAGCCAGUACUGGACAGUGAAUGUCAACCACCGCAGAGUCUGAGGCUCAUUUCCACUAGAGAAAACAAAACCCAAGAUACCUUUCCCUUUUGUCAAUGUAACAGGGCAUUAGCCAGACUCAUGUCUAAUGUUAUAAGCUUUUAGCCGAGAUGGCCUUGUUGCGACUUCCCUGAAGUCAGUUUUAUCAGAGGAAAUAAAUGAAAGACAGAAUGAUUAACAUAUAUAGUGUAUAAAAGUAUAGAAGAGUAAUCUCUUCCCUGUGGCUUUAUUUGGUGGUGUUACUGUUGUUUAUUCUUUGUUUAUAUGGGAGAUUCAAAGUAAAGCCUAUUUAAUAAUACCAUUUAUCUAACUGCUGAUUUUCUGCUGCUUGAUCUUAUUAAGCGCAAGAAUUGUCAUUAAUAAUUUCUUUUCUGUAUUUUAAUUUGCUAUGUUUGCACGUACAUUACAUUUGUUUUGAUGUCUAUUUUUAUUUAACAGAUUUCAGUCAAAAGGUAAUGAUAACAGAAACCCUUUCCAUUGUCAAUAAAAAAAAAAUAAUAAUUCCAGUUCUCUGUUUAAGCUUUGUUUUCUAGUCACAUAAGGCUCGACAAUUACUUAAACUAUCAGGAAAUGUGUUCUUUGGGUGACCCAAAUAUUUAGCUUCAAAACUGAGUCUGCCACAAGAGGGAGAUCUAAACUUGCUUAUGGGAGUGAUCUUAAAUUUUUCUAAAAAUGGCCUGAGUAGGAACAAUGAGAAGGAGCUUUCUAAGCUUAUCUAAACAUGGGCAGCUUGAUUCAUGGAAAUGAAAUAAAUAGAAUAUAGGAACUACGACAUUGUAAUGCCAUAACUAGAUU